AUGAAGGAUCGGACCCAGGAGCUGCGGAGUGCAAAAGACAGUGAUGAUGAAGAGGAGGUGGUACAUGUGGACCGGGAUCAUUUCAUGGAUGAGUUCUUCGAACAGGUGGAAGAGAUCCGAGGCUGUAUUGAAAAGCUGUCUGAGGAUGUGGAGCAGGUGAAGAAACAGCACAGUGCCAUCUUGGCUGCCCCCAACCCCGAUGAAAAGACCAAACAGGAGCUAGAAGAUCUAACUGCAGACAUCAAGAAGACGGCCAACAAGGUUCGAUCCAAGUUGAAAGCAAUCGAGCAAAGCAUUGAGCAGGAGGAAGGACUGAAUCGCUCUUCUGCUGACCUUCGUAUACGAAAGACCCAGCACUCCACACUGUCCCGGAAGUUUGUGGAGGUGAUGACUGAAUAUAACGCAACGCAGUCCAAGUACCGAGACCGAUGCAAGGACCGGAUUCAGCGACAACUUGAGAUCACUGGAAGGACCACAACUAAUGAAGAGUUGGAGGACAUGCUGGAGAGUGGAAAGCUGGCCAUCUUUACGGAUGAUAUCAAGAUGGACUCACAGAUGACCAAGCAGGCUCUGAAUGAGAUCGAAACAAGGCACAAUGAGAUCAUCAAACUGGAGACCAGCAUCCGGGAGCUGCAUGACAUGUUUGUAGACAUGGCUAUGCUUGUGGAAAGCCAGGGGGAGAUGAUUGACCGAAUUGAGUACAACGUGGAACACUCUGUGGAUUAUGUGGAGAGAGCUGUGUCCGACACCAAGAAAGCCGUGAAAUAUCAGAGCAAGGCCCGGAGGGUGAGAGGGCUGGGCUGGAGCUGGGUUAGGGGUGGCUGGAAGGGGAGGAAGUUGGGGGCUGGGAGACAGAAGACUAGGGUUUAGGGCGAGAAGAAUGAGGUAAGUGGUGAGAUAGGGGUGGAAAGACCUAAUCUCCUGCUCUGACCUCUUCCUUAUUUCUGUUUGUCUUUCUCUCCUGCCCUCUUCCUCCAUGUCCACAUCCUCCUUCUCUCUGCACAUUCCCCAUUCACCUAAUCCUCUUUGGUCCUCCCAUUACCUGCUGCCCAUCUUUGUCUCUCCUCCUGUUUCACCUACCUCCUUCUCACUCCUUUCUUUACUUUCCCCUGCUCCUUAUUCCUUUCUCUUUUCUCCUUUCUUC